CUUUUUCUCACCAGUUCUCGCCGCAUGCAUUGCAGUUUUGUUCGAUAUCAUUGGCGGAGGAGUUAUUUCAUGCUUGUUUUUAUCCGUGAAAAAGGUAAAAAUCUUUCGAUUUUAAUCCCCUAACACCGUAUUAGCACUAACGGGACUUCUACGUAAAAUGAGCAGAUCUAGGGCCAACAAAUAUCAGCAAGUCAGCAAGAAUGAACAACGUCAAGAAUAUCGCAACUUUCGAGUAGUGUUCAUGUACUGUAUCCUGAUCAUUCUGCUUCCGGUUGCAUCCUUCUUUGGCAGCAAGUACUUCCUGUUUGACGGUUUGCUGAAGCUGGAUCCGGUCACCAGCAAUAUCUAUUCGGCCGUAUCAGCCGUCAUUGCCCUGCACAUAGCUCUAGGGCUGUACAUCUAUCGGGCUUACUUCGAUAACGGAGGCGCUUCGGCUGCACCAUCACCAGUGGCUUCCGGCUAUCAGAAGCUGCCACGAAAGCAAGAUUAG